CGAUACCUGUUCGUGUCUUUUGUAUUUUGAAUAUAUGUUUGUGUGUUGAAUGUGGGUAAACUGGCGCAUGUAUAUUUACAUGUAUUAAACCUUUAUAAAGGUUUCAGUUGCCAGUUUCCCAGACUUUCCCAAUCUUCUCUGUGUUUUUGUUUUGUGUAUGAAUUUUUUUGCAUUUGCAUGAGAUCGCUGCGACGAGGAAAUGAGAGAAAUAGCUCGCUCAACUUUGGGUAAUCAUCUGCUCGUUUUGGUCGACCAUCCGUAUACUUCGGAGGGCCUUAGUAGACUAGGCCACUGUGACGUAAUUUUUGGCGUAGUCCGGUUGGAGUUAGGAAUGUCAUAUGUAAAAAUUGUUGAGCCAGGCUAACUAGAAGUGCAUGUGGUGCUAAAGUAUACCAGACCCUAGUGAUGUUGGUGCGGCAGGGUAAAAAUAUCAAGUUUAAAUGCUAUGACAGCAUGUCCUCACCCAGUUGCCCUGGGUAAGACUUAAAUAAAUUGAGAAAUCUGGAUCGUCAAGGAAAUGUCCAACUAGGAAAUAAUAAUUCUUUCCAAAAUAAUAAAGUAAAUCAAAACAUUGCAGAAGCUGCUUGUACUCUUGCCCAAAGUGAAAAGUGUUUUAUAAAAAGAGAAAAAUUUGUAUUUGUUAGUUUUAUAGAUAUCUAUAAAAUUCAAAUAUAAUACAUUAUUCUGUAAUUAUACCGUUAACAUAUGGCCAGUCGUAUAGUUGUCUUAGGAGGAGGUGUCAGUGGUUUAUCAUCUGCCUAUUAUCUGGCACGAGGUUUGCUCAGAAGAAAUGUUAAAUAUGAUAUAACGUUGGUUGAAAAAAACAAACUCGGAGGAUGGAUGCAAACUGAAAAUUUUGGAGAGGAUGGCCCUGUAUUUGAGUUGGGGCCACGAAGUUUACGGACAGCGGGUUUUGUUGGCAUGCAUUCAUUAAUAUUGGCUUCUGAACUUGGAUUGGAAGAUGACAUGAUUGCCGUUGGAGCUAAUGAGUCAGCAAAUAUAAAUCGAUUUCUUUACGUUGACAAAUCUUUACACAAACUACCAAAUAGUCUAAAAUCAAUGUUUAAUGCUUCACCUCCGCUGACUAAGUCAUUAUUAAUGACAUUUAUCAAAGGAAUGGCUUUUCGUUCGACUCCUGAAGAUGCAGAGACAGUUUAUGACAUCUUGUUAUCACGUUUUGGUGAAGAAGUCACAAAAUAUCAUGCAGAUGCCUUUGUACGUGGAAUAUUCGCUUCCGAUAUUAAAGAACUUAGCAUGAAAGCUGCUUUUCCUAUAUUAUGGGAGAAACUAAAACCGAAAAAUAGCAGAAUACCUCGGAAACCAAAGCUUUCAGAAUUAGUUAUAAACAAUCAAGAAAUUUUGCAAUAUCCUAUAACUGGUAAAAUACGAAAAGAACAAUGGACGCAGUGGAGUUUGGAUGGCGGUCUCGCUAAUUUGAUAAAUGCACUCGAAAAGAAUUGUCAAGAAAAAGAUGUAAAUAUAAUGAAAAAUACUGAAGCUAAGGAAUUAAUUAUGCAAGAAAAUGGAAAAUUUACAGUGAAAAUUGAAUCAAAGGAGACGGAAUCACAGGAAAAAGUAGAAGAAAUAUUUACUGAUAUUGAUCAAGUUAUAUCAGCAUUGCCUGCACACGAACUUAGCAAAGUGCUGAGGAAAAGCAAUGGUAAUGGUAUAUCCGAAGAUCAAGAAAUUUUGCAAAAUAUUGGAACACAAUUGAAAGAAAUUAAAUCCGUUGAUGUCGGCGUUGUUAAUUUAGAAUUUAAUAAUGAUCCAGAAGAUCUAUUACCAGAUUUGGGAUUCGGACAUCUUGUACCUUCUUGUGAGGAAUCAAAAGUUCUAGGAAUUGUUUACGAUUCCUGUGUGUUUCCUCGACAUGAUCGAAAAGGAGCAAGGACUACACGUUUAACAUGCAUGAUGGGGGGCUCAUGGUUCAAUGAGUUAUUCGGUGAUGCGGAACAUGUCAAUGUUCAUGACUUAGAACAAGCUGCAUUAGAAAGUGUAGCCGAACAACUUGGAAUUACUGCAGACCCUAGGAACAUAGUUUCAAAGUUAUGUAGGAAUUGUAUUCCAACAUAUCGUGUUUCACACACGGAUUUAGUUGAAUCAAUGGAAGACACUUUAAAAGAGAAUGAAAUUCCUCUUCAUUUAGGAGGGGCUUCGUAUUGGGGGGUUAGUGUUAAUGACUGCAUUUAUAAUAGUCGAUAUAUUGCUGACAAAAUUGUCGAUGAGUGUUAAUUACUUUUUAUGAAGGGAGGGGGAGGAAAGUAUAUAGUGUGCCAUUUGUUUUACUUACAAUGAAUAUGCGAUAGAUCAGUGUAACGCUUUGUUUGAUGGAUUUAGAUCUGAAAUUCUUUCUCUUCUCGAUUUGCCAUACAAUUAUUGGUAAUUUUUUUUAUUUCUUUAUUAAUUUUUGUUUUUAUCUGUUUUAGUAUAAUGACAAAAAAUCAUAUUAGGUAUUGAAUCUCUGACAAACAAUCCUCUUAAUAGGCCUACUUGUUCCUACAUAUGUUAUUUCAUCUAAUUUUGAACUUUAUUUUGGCCAGA